GCUUCCUUGCAGCCAGUGGGGUUUCCGCACUCCAGCCAUAAGGCGGCCAAGGGAUGUUCAGUUACCCCGGGUGGCAUUGAAGUUUUUUGGGUGGAGUGGUGGGGUUUGCACAUGUAUCCGUUGUGAAUUGGAGCAGAUGGGGGAAAAAAUGCAACGGCAGUGUGUGUCAUGGGCGUUUUCGGCGGGAUUGUUUUUGAUGGUUUCUGUUGGUAAAUGUGAAACAGGCAAAGAGGAAGUGAGUGCUGCAAAAAGUUUGGUCUGGGGGCCGGGUCUGAGGGCUGAUGUUGUGCUGCCGGUUCGAUAUUUCUAUAUCCAGGCAGUUACCCACACAGAGGAAAAUGUCACCUAUUCUCCCGGAAGUAAUACAUUCAAUGUGGUGAUUAAAGUACUCUCCUCCAGAGAACAUGUCCGGCGCUAUGUACCAGCACCCUUGGAUCGAAAUGAUGGAACAUUUCUUAUGAGGUAUCGACUCUAUGGAACUGCCAGUGAAGGGCUAAAGAUUGAAAUAUUUCAUCAAGGUCAACAUGUAGGCCAGUCUCCAUAUAUUUUAAAAGGCCCAGUUUAUCAUGAAUACUGUUUCUGUCCAGAAGUGGAGCCCCAGAUAUGGAAAGAUACUGUAUCCUGCCCUGCAGAAGAGGAACAGAUUUCUAGGGACUUCAUUAAUUUUCCCAGUAUAGACCUCUCACUCCUCCUAGAAGAAGUACCAAACCGAUUUGGUGAUCGAGGAAUUGUUCAUUACACCAUUUUGAAUAAUCAGAUUUAUCGACGAACAAUGGGACGGUACACCGAUUUCAAAAUGUUUUCAGAUGAAAUGCUGCUUUCUUUAGCCAGGAAAGUUCGAUUGCCUGAUGUUGAAUUCUACGUAAAUGUUGGCGAUUGGCCACUAGAAACUCGCCAAAUGAAGGACAAUCCCUUGCCCAUCAUUUCUUGGUGUGGCUCUGAGGAUACCACAGAUAUUGUCCUUCCAACGUAUGACAUAACACGCUCUACAUUAGAAACUCUGCGUGGUGUUACAAAUGACCUCCUUUCCAUUCAAGGACAGACUGGUCCUGCCUGGGAAAAUAAAACUGAGCAAGCUUUUUGGAGAGGCAGGGACAGUCGAGAAGAAAGGUUGAAACUAGUGAGGAUCUCCAAAGAGCAUCCUGACCUUUUGGAUGCUGGAAUAACUGCCUAUUUCUUUUUUCGUGAAGAAGAAAAAGAACUCGGGAAAGCACAAUUGAUCAGUUUCUUUGACUUCUUUAAGUAUAAAUACCAAGUGAAUGUGGAUGGUACUGUGGCAGCUUACAGGUUCCCGUACCUUAUGUUGGGUGACAGCCUUGUGAUGAAGCAGGACUCUAAAUAUUACGAGCACUUCUACAGAUCUCUGAAGCCGUGGAAACAUUAUGUUCCGCUGAAGAGAGAUAUGAGUGAUGUUAUUGAGAAGAUUAAGUGGGUGAAGGAUAAUGAUGCUGAAGCACAGAAAAUUGCCAGAUCAGGACAAGCUCUAGCUAGAGAUCUCCUGCAACCUUCAAGUCUUUAUUGUUACUAUUACAUAGUCUUACAGGAGUAUGCCAAACGACAGACUACUAAGCCUGAAAUCCGCAAUGGAAUGGAGCAUGUUCUUCAGCCAACUGAUAAUGAGUCUUUCUGUAACUGCAAGAGAAUAGCCAAUAUCAAGGAAGAACUUUAACUGUUACCAGCAUCAUUGUCUUUGUUAAUUUUGUAUGCGUUACUUGAAAAAAAUCUCUCUUCCUUUCUUCAACUGUUUCCAGAAAGAGCCUGAAGUAACGUGCAUUUAGAUGUGAAUUAAAGUGUCACUUCCAGUAGCCAUUAUUCACCACACAUUUUCUUUUCCCCUCUAAACGUAAUGCUGCUUUUGUGUAUAAUGUUAAUUUUAUCCUCAUGGUGUCAAAUUGACUAUAUGAAAUGUGAACUUUAGAAAUUAAACUUGUAGCAGGAGUGAUGUGCUGAAGUUUGUAACUUAGAAUUAGUUUGUAGUUAAUCAAGCUGUAAUUCGCAAGUCAAGACACACCAAAUAUAUUUCACCUGAUUUUGUCAGUAAGCACAGUGCAAAAUGUUGCAUAUAGUCUAUCAGGGUUCAUCUGACUUGAUUCUUGAAUCAACCUGAUAUUUAUUACGGGACCAUUUUCAAACCAGUUUAUUUCAACACAGUCUCACUGUAUAGGUAUUAUAUUUAUAUAUACAGAUACUUUUUAAGACUUUUUUUGUAAAAUACAAUUCGAAUAUACUUUCUCAAAAUGUUUUAUUUUAAAAUAGUCAUUCCAGAUGUGUUGAAACUUUGUAAGAAAUAUUAAACUGUAUGUUGUAAAGUAAGAUAAUAUUCAAAGUAUAAAGAACUGGUAGAAUAAGUUGUGAUUCAAAGAUUAGAGGUUCCAGGACUGAUAUUGUCAUCCCUGGUGCAGUGUGGUUCAUUGAUUAUCAAACUCUCCACUAGAGAAAACAAACUGUUCACCUUUCAGGAAGGAAAUAAGUAAUACAAAUGAUUUAUCUAUUAAGUCUUAUGUUACAAAUUGGAAAUCACAUUGCACUGGUUAUAAAUGAUUCAUGGCAAAUUAGUUCAUAUUUUUUAGACAAGUACAGUUUUUCUUAGGUUCCUGGAUUCAUUCAGGGACUGUGAAAUAUAAACACAUGGCUGCAGCUAACACAUUCUUUUAAUCACAUCUAGUCCAUACUAGCUGUGAUCUGACCACAUUUCCAUGUUCCAAACAAUGUGGAGCAAUGAGCUAUACUAUGUUAGAUCAUCUUUGGACGUAUAUAUUUGAUUUAUGUAGACUAAGCUAGCAAAAAACUGGCUGUAAAUGGGACAGUUCCACUUAACACAUACUGAUUUAUUUUUUUCUUUUAUGGGAUGUGAGCAGUGCAUCCUUCCCAAGGUCAGCAUUCGUUGCUCAUCUAAUUGCUUUGGAGCAGAUAGAGGUGAACUGCUGCAUCAAAAUACUGCAGUCCAUCUCAUGGAGAUGGACAGUUCUGGGCUUUGACCCAACAACAGUGAAAGAUUGUCAGUUAUAGUUCCAGUUCAGAAAGCUGUGGCUUAGAGAGGAAUUUGUGGUAAGUGAUGUUCCCAUGUAUCUGCUGCCCUGUGCUUUUACAUGGUUGAGAUGGUCAGUUUGGAAGAUGCUAUCAAACAAACUUUAGUGAGUUUCUGCAGUACAUAUUGUAUAUGGUAUACACUGCUGCCACUAUGUUUUGGUAGGGUGAAUGUUUGGUGGUGUCCGUUAAUUGAGUUGGCUGGCUUGUGAUGCAGAGUGGUGCCAACAGAAAGGGUUCAAUCUCUGUACCACCUAAGAUUACUGUGAAGAACUUCUUCUCAGCCUUGACCCUAGCCUGAGGCAUGGUAACCCUCUGGUUAAAUGCUCCACCAGUUAUUUAUAUCUCAUAAGAAACAAUUUCAGUUUCAAACUUUAAAGUGGUGAUAGGGUGCCAUCAGUUACUGCUUUGUCUUGACUGGUGACGAGUUUUUCUGGAGUGUUGGAACUGCAUUUGUCCAGCCAAGUGGAGAGUAUUCUAUCACACUGACCUGUCCCUUGUUGGUGCACAGGUUUUGGAAGUGAGGAGGAAAUUACUUGCCACAAAAUUCACAGACCUGUCUUGUCAUGGUAUUUGUACGGGUCCAAGUUUUCAGAUCACUGGUAAUCUCGAGGACGAUAGUGCAAGAUUCAGUGAUGCUAAUGCUGUUAAAUGUCAAAAGGAGGUGGUUGAAUUCUGUAUUGUUGGAGAUGGAGUGGUGCUAAUGUUACUGUCACUUAUCAACCUCAAUAUUCUUUAGAUCUUGCUACAUGUGGACAUGGACUACUUUGGUAUCUGCAUAAAAGCAAAUGAUGCUGAACACUGCAAUGGUCAGUGAACACACCAAUCUGACUUUAAUGUGCCAAGUCUUUAAAAUGUGUUUGUAUGAAUUCCUUCCUUCCUUACUACUGUCACUGUACACGUCUGCAUUCUGGUCAUCAAUGAGGAAAUAAAACGUGGUUCUAUGAAGCUGAA